GGAAAAACCUAUACAUAUGUCUGACCUAAUACUCUACAAAAUUAAUCAUUGACAAUCAGGCGCUUUGUACCGGCCAAGCGCCUGUCUAACCACGACGUAGUGACUUGCAACAUUCAAUCUAUUUUGUUUAAUUUUCCAACAAAAAACACAUUCAAAAUGUCUAUUAUGUCGUAUAAUGGGGCUGCCAUUAUGGCAAUGAAAGGUAAAGAGUGUGUGGCUAUAGCUGCCGAUAGAAGAUUUGGUAUACAAGCACAGACCAUUAACACACAGUUUGAAAAGAUCUUCGAAAUGGGACCCCGAUUAUAUGUUGGUCUUCCAGGACUGGCAACAGAUGUACAAACUGUAUCACAGAGGUUGAAAUUUAGGCUUAAUUUGUAUGAAUUAAAGGAAAACAGACACAUCAAACCUAAAACAUUCCUCAGUAUGGUAUCAAAUCUUCUGUACAGUAGGAGGUUUGGCCCAUAUUUUGUGGAGCCAGUGAUUGCAGGGUUAGAUCCUAAAACAAGUGAACCAUUUAUAGCCAGCUUAGAUCUGAUUGGAUGUCCGAUGAUUACUGAAGAUUUUGUUGUCUCUGGCACCUGUAGUGAACAGAUGUAUGGAAUGUGUGAAACUCUAUAUAAACCUGAUCAGGAACCUGAUGACUUGUUUGAGACUAUAUCACAGUGCCUGUUAAAUGCUGUCGACCGAGAUGCUGUCUCUGGUUGGGGAGGUGUUGUCUAUAUCAUUGAGAAAGAUAAAGUAACAAAAAGAAUUUUGAAAGGCAGAAUGGAUUAAUUUGUGCAGAUAUUGUGUUCAUCGUCAUCAUCAUCAGUGCUACUUCAUCAUGUGCUAUACUCAAUUGACAAUAAAAAUACAAUAGAAAAAAAAGCAUCUCACCAUGCCAAUGUAAACUUUGCGUUUGAAACAGAUUGACUUUAUGUGAUACCAUUGAUAUAUUUAUGUUCUAACAAAAAAGGGUUUUAAUAUGCCUUAGAGUUAUAAAUUUGAUUUAUCACUGCAGAAUUCAUAUCAGUUUAGUUCAUUUUUACUGAUUAAGAAAACAGCUCCAGUA